AUGGAGGACUGUUCACAUUUCACUGUACAUCAUUUGUCGUCCAUCGAAAAAUGUGCUGAAUUUCUACAACAUCACACCGGUACUCUGACUUGCUAUGUGUGCAAAUCAAAAAAGCCUGAAGUAUGGUUCUGCAUAAGUCCGGACUGUUUGCAGGCGUUCUGUUACGACGGAGGAUGCGAUCACAGCUAUCUUCAUUUCAAAGAAAACAAAACCCACUGUUUACAUCUCAGUCUUCCUUCUAUGCGCUUGUGCUGUUAUUUAUGUGUCAAGGAGUGUAACAUUGAAAAUAAUACAAGAUCGUUGAACGGAGUACGCCGGGGUUCCAAUUGUUCGAUAGAAUUUUGCCGUAAUACUGCAGCAGCAAAUAACAGUGGCGAAUCUGCUGAUGAAGAUAGCGACGACGAAUACAGACUGACCAAAGAUCAUAAACCCACGGGUCUUACUGGUCUUCAAAACAUUGGCAAUACAUGUUAUAUGAAUGCUGCACUCCAAGCGUUAUCCAAUACACCACCAUUAACAGAUUACUUUCUAACUUGUUUUCCUGAAUACCCAUACCAACAAUCAGAAAAAUCUUUUAGUUUAUCAAAAGCUUAUCAUCGUCUGAUACAAGAAAUAUGGCAUACCAAACGUCCUGGCUAUGUCACUCCUACGUCAAUUUUAUACACAAUGCGAAAUGCAUACCCAAUGUUCAGAGGAUUUCAUCAACACGACACACAAGAGUUUUUAAGGUGUUUUAUGGAUCAGUUACAUGAAGAGAUGAAAGAACCUGAACUUGAAGUUGUCCCGUCUAGGAGGCAUUCAUAUAAAGGCACUUCAAGGAAACAGAGUGUAGAACAAAAUCAUUUGGCUACUCCGGAAGAAGAUAAAGAUGAAUGCUCAGACAAUGACGAUGAACUUAAGUCUUUGACAAAUGCUGAUAGUAGUUCUGAGGGUAUAGAUGAAUAUGAAACUUGCGAUUCUGGUGUAAGUGAACGAAGUUCUUUGUCAGAAGAAACAUCUGAGCGAAUAAACUUGACCAAAAAACUUGAACGUCAUCUUUUUGCUAAAAUGAACCAUGGAAAUAAGAUAUCAUUCUGUCAAAAAAAUAAAAAAUAUCAUGUCAAAUACAACAGUAUAAUUUCUGAAAUAUUUGAUGGAAAGCUUUUAAGUUCUGUUCAAUGUUUAACUUGCAACCGGGUAUCUUCGAGGGUUGAAGCCUUUCAAGAUUUAUCCCUUCCCAUACCUACUCGUGACCACGUUACUGUCUUACACCAAAGUUCAACCAAUUUGUGUUCAGUGCAUAAAUUGUCCGACAUUUACACAAAUCAACAAAAUUGGAUAUUUUGGUUUUGGGACAUGAUGUACAGAUGGUUCUGGGGCCCAACAGUUGGUUUACAUGACUGUCUAGCAGCAUUCUUCAGUGCUGAUGAACUUAAAGGUGAUAACAUGUAUAGCUGUGAAAAAUGCAAAAAGCUGCGUAACGGUAUAAAGUUUUCCAAACUUCUCGAAUUACCUGAAGUUUUAUGCAUACACCUAAAGAGAUUCAGACACGAAUUGAUGUUUUCAUCUAAAAUAACUUCAUAUGUAACAUUCCCUAUUGAUGGUGUAGACUUACGGCCAUAUGUCCAUAAAGAUUGUACAUCUCAAGUGACAACUUACAAACUAGUAUCAGUUAUUUGUCAUCAUGGUACAAUUGGUAGUGGUGGUCAUUACACGUGCUAUUCGUUAAACCCAAUAAACGAACAAUGGUAUGAAUUUGAUGAUCAGUGUGUAACUUUAGUAUCAGCUGAAAUUGUUCGAAAUUCCGAAGCUUACGUUCUUUUUUACAAAAAAAAUAGUCCAUUAACCAAUAGAAUUAGAACACAAAUGCGGCAAGUUCAAGUGAACAAGACUCAGCCAAAUUGUACUCCGGAAGCAUGCUUUAUUUCAACUAGAUGGUUAUCCAAGUUCAAUACAUUUGCUGAACCGGGCCCUAUAGAUAAUUAUGAUUUCAUGUGCCACCACAAUAGAGUGAAGCCAACUCAUGAGCCACAAAUUAAUCAUUAUGCUACCAUGGUUUCUGGACAAAUUUGGGAUUACUUACACAGCAAAUUUGAUGGUGGACCAAAAUGCACCAACAAUCAGCUACAAAGGUGUGAAGUCUGUUAUGCCGAUUAUAUUGAGACGAUGCUCAAGAAUAGAGCUGAGGCAGAAACAAAGAACUUUGCUCGACUCAGAGAUGAGGAUGGGUUACCUGAUUUUGCUAUAUCAAUGAGUUGGUUUAAAUGCUGGGAAUCUUUCUUGAAUGGUGUUGUUAGUGAACCACCAGGGCCAAUAGACAACUCAAAGUUGAUUGAUAAAUCGGAUGGCAAAACUUUAGAAACUGACUAUGUAUCUGUAUUUGAAGCCCAAUGGGAUUAUUUGUGGAGGAUAUACAGUGGUGGUCCUGUUGUUGAAAUUAGUGAGCUUCAAGCACCGAGUGAGAAUACCGAUACAUUUUUUAAUCAAACAAACACUCAUCUUGACAAAUUGUGUGAAGGUGAUGAACUUGAACAAGAAGAACCCGAUAAAAUAACUUUCGAGACUGAAAAAUUAGAAAUGGUCGGUCAAGAUUCAGGUGACCAACCGACGACUUUUAUUAAAAGUGAACAACAACAACAGUGUUCAGCAGUGAAGAAAAUAAAUUAA